AACAAAACACAGUUUCUCUCUCUCUCUCUCUCUCUCUCUCUCUCUCUCUCUCUCUCUCUCUCUAAAAGCUCUCUUCUCUUACAAUGGAGAAUUCACCGAGAUACAGAGAAGCGACGAAUCUGAUUCCGUCGCCGAGAUGUCACAACAGCAACAACAGUUGCGGUAUGAGCAGUAGCAGUGAAAGUAACAAACCACCAACAACUCCGACCCGACACGUAACCACAAGAUCCGAAUCCGGUAACCCGUACCCGACAACAUUCGUCCAAGCAGAUACUUCUUCCUUCAAACAAGUCGUCCAGAUGCUAACCGGAUCCGCCGAGAGACCCAAACACGGUUCAUCUCUCAAACCAAACCCGACCCAUCAUCAACCCGACCCAAGAUCCACUCCUUCUUCUUUCUCAAUCCCACCAAUCAAAGCCGUACCUAACAAGAAACAGUCUUCUUCUUCAGCAUCAGGGUUUCGUCUCUACGAGCGUCGUAAUUCAAUGAAGAAUCUCAAAAUCAAUCCUUUAAACCCGGUUUUUAACCCGGUUAAUUCAGCUUUCUCUCCCCGUAAACCGGAGAUCCUCUCUCCAAGCAUCUUAGAUUUCCCAUCUCUCGUUCUCAGCCCGGUUACGCCUCUUAUACCCGACCCGUUUGAUCGAUCCGGGUCAUCAAACCAAAGCCCCAACGAGCUUGCUGCGGAGGAGAAAGCAAUGAAAGAGAGAGGCUUUUAUUUGCAUCCAUCUCCGGCAACAACUCCGAUGGAUCCAGAGCCUCGACUUCUUCCUCUAUUCCCGGUGACUUCUCCUAGAGUCUCAGUAAACAAAAGAUGAAGAGAUUGGUCUUUAGAGGGAACCAAAUUGGUCCAACCUUUUUUUGCUAAGGAUUGAUGAAAGGGUAAACAAAAAGAAAAAGGAGUGUGGAAAAUAAAAGAGAUUUUUUUCUUGUUAUUAUUAUUUUCAUAUUUUCUCCUUAGAAAAAGGAGAAUACGAAAUUGAAAAAAAGAAAGAAAAGAGUAAAUUGGAUAGAAGGAAGAUAAAGAGUGGGGCUUAGCUGUCUAAAAGAGAGAGUAUUAAUUAAGAGGUAAGGAAUCUUUUGACUAUAUUUUCUUUGAAUUCAUGAUUUGAUGAUAGGGUUUUUAGAGAUUUGACCGCUUUUACCUAUAUUUGUGGCCUAAUGAAUGAUAAUGAUAUUGUUUGUUUUUAACCGUAACAAGAACAAAAAAUUGUGGUUUUGGAUACAUUAGAGUACAAGUUUUGGUUGUGGUCACUAUUGGGUCUAAUAAUAUCUUGGGGUAAAAAAUUAUGUUUUGAGUGUUUCGUUUUAAAAUAUAGUUGAAGGUGGACUUAGUGGCAUAUGGAUUGAGGUAAUGGGCAUAUGCUAAAUUGGCCCCAUAUGAUUUUUAUCUUUUGAAUAUUUCUUGGUCAAAGGUUUUUUUGUUUAGAGUAAAAUUAGGCUUGUUGGAAACUUUCAAAAAUUAGGUGUUUUAAUUGGUUACACAAAAUGGACGUGGUCAAAAGAAAUAAUUAACACUUUAAUUAUGUUAGUAUUUAUCAUUGAAUGGUCUUCGAAGACUAAAAAUUAAAUUAAACUUGACUCAAUCUUCUCAUGGUGGACCGGAUCUAUUAUCUCUUCUCUCUCUAAACAAAAAAAAUUCUCAUGUGAAGAGAGUUGAAGUGUGGGCCCCAUUUCCACUAUUGGUGCUAUUGAGAAGUUGACCUAUUUUUAAA